GGCAUCCGGGCCUGCACCUGGGCUGGACAGCGGUAGCGGAGGAACAACCGGUCUAUUUUUGUGUGAUAGCACAUCUGCAAGAUGGGCUGUCUCCUUGUGUUCCAGCCGUAACUUGAUACCGAGGGUCACUCUCUGAGUUUGGCUGAAAGGCGUUCGGUUUUCUUCUCCUUUUGCAAAGGAUUGUGCUUUAGGCGCCAGCCCAGGAAUUAUUUACAGAACUAACAUCAGUUUUGAACCUAAAUGUUUGCCAGCGUGAACUAACACUGGAAAAAAAUCAAGUAUUUACUUUCAUAGUUGAGUAGAAGGCUGAACUGUGCAACUCCUAACAGCAGGUGUUUGAUUACCAUGGGCGUAAAAUAAGUGACCCAUACUGCUGGCUUGAAGAUCCUGAUAGUGAACAGACAAAGGCAUUUGUGGAGGCUCAGAACAAGCUUACAGUUCCAUUUCUUGAGCAGUGUCCUGUCAGAGGACUCUUCAAGGAACGAAUGACUGAACUCUAUGAUUAUCCUAAGUACAGUUGCCACUUCAAGAAAGGAAAAAGGUACUUUCACUUCUACAAUACAGGAUUGCAGAACCAGCGAGUUUUAUAUGUACAAGACUCCUUGGAUGCUGAUGCCAAAGUUUUUCUUGAUCCAAAUAAGCUUUCUGAUGAUGGCACUGUGGCUUUACGAGGUUAUGCAUUCAGUGAAGAUGGUGAAUAUUUUGCAUAUGGCCUGAGUUCUAGUGGCUCUGAUUGGGUUACUAUCAAGUUUAUGAAAGUAGAAGGUCCUGAGGAUCUUCCAGAUACACUAGAGAGAGUUAAAUUCAGUUGCAUGGCAUGGACCCAUGAUGGAAAAGGCAUGUUCUAUAACUGCUAUCCAAAACAAGAUGGGAAAAGUGAUGGCACUGAGACCUCAACUAAUCUGCACCAAAAGCUGCAUUAUCAUGUAUUAGGAACUAACCAGUCGGAAGAUAUCCUAUGUGCUGAAUUUCCCGAUGAACCCAAAUGGAUGGGUGGAGCUGAGGUAUCAGACGAUGGUCGAUAUGUCUUGCUGUCUAUCCGAGAAGGGUGUGAUCCAGUGAACAGACUGUGGUACUGUGAUCUAAAGACGGAGUCUCAGGGUAUAUCAGGAAUUCUUCAAUGGGUGAAGCUGAUAGAUAACUUUGAAGCUGAGUAUGAGUACGUCACCAAUGAAGGAACAGUGUUCACCUUCAAGACAAACCGCCAUUCUCCAAAUUACCGGUUAAUCAACAUUGACUUCAGUGACCCAGAGGAAUCCAAAUGGAAAGUUCUAGUCCCUGAACAUGAAAGAGAUGUUCUAGAAUGGGUUGCUUGUGUGAGGUCCAACUUCCUGGUUCUGUGCUAUCUGCACGAUGUGAAGAAUGUCCUGCAACUUCAUGAUCUAGCUACUGGUGCACAUCUCAAGACUUUCCCCCUAGAGGUCGGCAGUAUUGUGGGAUAUAGUGGCCAAAAGAAGGACAGUGAAAUAUUCUAUCAGUUUACUUCCUUUUUAUCUCCAGGUAUUAUAUAUCACUGUGAUCUGACCAAAGAGGAACUGGAGCCGAGAGUUUUCCGGGAGGUGACUGUUAAAGGAUUUGAUCCUUCAGUUUACCAGACAAUUCAGGUUUUCUACCCUAGCAAAGAUGGUACUAAGAUCCCCAUGUUUAUUAUUCACAAGAAAGGAAUUAAAUUAGAUGGUUCUCAUCCUGCCUUCUUGUAUGGAUAUGGAGGCUUCAACAUAUCAAUUACGCCAAGCUACAGUGUGUCAAGACUUAUUUUCGUGCGACACCUUGGGGGUGUUCUAGCAGUAGCGAACAUCAGGGGUGGUGGUGAAUAUGGCGAGACAUGGCACAAAGGUGGUAUCUUGGCCAACAAACAAAAUUGCUUUGAUGACUUUCAGUGUGCUGCUGAAUACCUCAUCAAGGAAGGCUACACAUCUCCAAAGAAGUUGACUAUUAAUGGAGGUUCAAAUGGGGGCCUCUUAGUUGCUGCCUGUGCUAAUCAGCGCCCUGACCUAUUUGGCUGUGCUAUUGCCCAAGUGGGAGUGAUGGACAUGCUCAAGUUCCACAAAUACACCAUUGGCCACGCCUGGACCACUGACUACGGCUGCUCCGACUGUAAAGAGCAGUUUGAAUGGCUCUACAAGUACUCCCCACUUCACAACAUCAAACUACCAGAAGAAGACGGCAUCCAGUAUCCCUCUACGCUGCUCCUCACCGCAGACCACGACGAUCGUGUGGUCCCUCUGCAUUCACUGAAGUUCAUCGCUACUCUGCAAUACGCUGUGGGCCGAAGCCGCAAACAAACCAAUCCCCUUCUCAUCCAUGUUGACACCAAGGCUGGGCACGGAGCAGGAAAGCCAACUGCUAAAGUUAUAGAAGAAGUGUCAGAUAUGUUUGCUUUUAUAGCCCGAUGCCUAAAUCUUGAUUGGAUUGAAUAGGCACAGUGUUUAUUACUGUCUCCUUUAGAAAACAAGGGCUUUUAACACCGUUUAAGACCAAUCAGACUACUACUUGGUGUAGUACCUACAUUUAAGAACUGCAGUUUAAUAUUUUAUUGAUCCAUCCUGCUAUGGAGUUUUAAUCUUCUGUGCUUCCCUCCUUUUGGCAUUUCUUUGAAUUUCUUUUCUACUGCGUUCCAAGGUACAUUUUGAAAAGCAUGUUGAAAUAAAUAGCUGAGCUACUGUCGGUGCUGUUGUGAACAUUUAGUUAGUACUAGUUGAGCUAAUUUCCUGUAAACGAUUUUAAUGUAUUUUGCACCUAUAAACACAUCCAUAUCAUCUGUAAUUAAAUGUAAGUACUGUCCACAUACAAGAACUCUGAACAUACUUUAUUUACACAGUAACUUAUUUAAGAAUGUAAAUUGAAGGUGUUCAGUGAUAACCGUGAAAGACUGAGGAGAUAAUAAUCUGGGUAAUUAAGUCAAAUAUUAUUAAAAAGCUUAUAUUACAUGCUGUUCAUAAGUGUGUUACAGUUUAUAAUAAUGAUGUUGCUAAAUUGUUCUUUCUUUCGAAGAGACUUCCAAGGUAACCAGUUUUUCUCUUCUGUCAUUUAUUUCCACACAGAAGAGAAAAUGAGAGGCCAGAGAAUGUGAAGAAUUCUUAGAUUCUCACUGUAAUCUCAGUCAGAAUACACAGAUAUUCUUCAACAAGCUGUCUGUUGUUAGCUCUUUAACUGUUUCUGAAGAGCAGACCAGACACGGAUUUGGAGAGGGAAAGAAAAAAGAAAAAAAGCUUUGUCCAGAUUGUUCAAGUUCAGUUUUUCCUGAUGCCUUUGACAGAAUGUUCUCUAACAAGCCAAAAUCCAAACAUACGUAUUUUGGCUGCAGAACGGCUAGAGCUCAAAGUCACACUCCCUAAUGAUUUGACACAGUAUUCAAACUGCCAUUUCAUGUCUUUGCCAUCCAGGCUGUAGGGCUAUAAGGUAGAUGUGAGUAUUUGCCUACUAGCCGUCCAAACUCUGAUGCACUGCAGCAAUUAGGGUUGGAUUUUGCAGAGCAAAACAGUGUUCUACCAGUUAUUAUUAAUCUUGUUGCCCCUCCAGAAAACACGGCUGCUUCUCAGUUUUGCGUAAACCGAUAAAUCCUUCCAGAAUCAUGUUCGUUGUUUUAUUCAUACGUAGACCUCUAUUUUAACUCUGGGCUCAGGAAUUUCAUCUAUAAGCAAACAGUGUCUCAGCCCAGAAAGAGGAGGGAGUGGUAUUUAAAAGAGGAGUAGGCUGUUGUUAACAGCAGCAAAAUUAAAAAUAAAUUUGCACCAGAUUCACUCUGUGUUCCUCUCAUGCUCUAGAGCUUCUGCUGAUUCCCUCUGCAAUCCAGGAAGGAUCAUCCCUCCCAGGCCCUUAUUAUGCAUAAAUUGAUUUGGGGGUGGGAAAAUAAAUAAAUUUUUAAAAAUUAUUUCCACUUUCCUAUGAAAUGCCAUACCUGAAACCUGUAUGUGAUCUGGAGUUUAUUUAUGAUCCAGGGGCAUUACAGUUUAACCAGAUACUUUGUGGAUUGAUGUGUUCUGAUCACAGCAUUGAAUUAAACCAUCAAAAUAGGGAGUUGAGUGAGGGUGGGUUUUUUUUCCCAUCCAGGCUGUGAAAACAGGGUUCAGGUUCAGCACCCCCUUUUCCCAGGGGUAUGUGAACUUUUUUCUGCAAUCAUCUGGGAAUUUUCAACAGUUUCCCUGCACAGCAGAAGCCAAGCACAUAAAGCAGUGCCAUCUCCACUCACAGCGACUCACAGUCGCGGCAUCUGUCCUUUGCCGAGUGUUGACAGUAUCAUCAGGAGGGCUGAGCUUCACCUCUGAGACCAGAGCUUUUCAGGAGAGGGCCUGUGGAGAACACAGUUCUCUGGCAUUUUGUGUUGGUGCAUUGAAUUGCAAAGGUUUGGGCACAGCCACCUCCAUCAUUUCUUCAGGUCUUUGUUCCUAAAACUGCUUUUCCUUGUUCUGCAGCUGCUGGAACACAAAUUUUCUGGCACAGGUUAAAAAUCAUUCAUUUUCCUCCUGAAGCUUUCUGUUGAAGCUCAGUUCCCUGAAUGGCCCAGGAUCAGGGCAGAUGACCCAUAAUGUGGGGAGUUUGGAAACACAAGUUUGGGUAGCAAUCAAUAGCAUUGAAGGUGGAGCUGGCUUACUGGAGGCACCACUCGCAAAAUUAAAGUGUUCCAGAGUAUCCCUUGUAGAAUGCUGGUAUCUCUGUUGGGAAGGCAUUUUGUUUCCCUAAUAGGGUCUUAAUGUAGACAUUAAUUGAUCUUGAUCAGAUAUGCCAAGUACAGGAUUCAGGUGCCAAAAAUGUGAUGUUGCAGAGCUGUCCUAUUUGCUGCUUUUGCUCCUUUCAGUGCAGAAAGGGUCAUGACUCCAACUGGAAUAUGUAAUUAACUAUGAGCGAGUAAUGCUUUUGUAAUACAGUGGGAUUUAAACCUUCAGAGUUUGGUUUAAAUAGGCCCGGAGCUAAACCAUUCCUGAUGUACAAAACCUAACAAAAUCUCUGCUAGUCUGGUUUCAAGGUUAAGUUCUCUACAGUGGAGGUGCUCUUUCAUGUAUAUUGUGCCUUUAUUUCUAGUGCAUGAAACAAAAUUCACUAGCUGGGCAAGGUAACUUCCUCACAACUAUUCGCUUUUUCAAAAUCAUGUUUCUUAGAAAAAUAGAUACCAAUGUUUUGAGCCAAGAUCAAAACCAGAAAAAUCUUUACAAGAGGCUUAUGCUCUGUGAACUCAAAUUGUUUUUAAGUGGAAAUAAAUGAACUUUUAACAUA